GAAAUCCCAGCCGAAGAGAAUACCUCAACAAGGUUUCGCCUUUUUCUUCUGGGUUUCUUCUCAUAAACGCCACCUAGCUUAUUAUUACAAAUCCAUAAGCCAUUGAUCACGAAAAAGUGUCUGAAACCUCAGAACAAUUUCCACGUGAAGAAUAAUGGAGAAAUUUAUGAACCUAACGAGGUCAAGUUUUGAUGGUUCACAGCCAGAGAAAAAAGGCGAUCUAGGUGGCAGUAGAGAUCAGAAAACAUCAAUACAGAAAACCCAAUCUUAUGAAGAGAAGAAGUCUAAGAAUUGGUUUCAGAGACAGUUCAUAAAAAAAAUGAAUAGGGAUUAUGAAUCUGGAGACUUAGAACAUGUCACUGCGAUAGCAGCCGCUGCAUUUGCAGCUAGCAACCAAGAGAUCUCAGACAUACCACAACAGAACAAGACAGAGAGAUCAUUAACAAAGACCAGAAGCAAAAAGGAUGGCUCGAAAGCUCCAAUUUCGCAAACUGGUGGAUCCAAGAGAUUCUCAGACGGCCAAGGGAAGACGGAGCCAACAUCACCUGCUAGAGAUGCAAAGGCCAAUGCCCGCGUGCCAUCAAAGAAAACUUCAAGUUUCAGAGAGCUCUUAAAGACAAAAUCUGAUACCGCAGCACCAGAAAUUGCUGCACCAGUUCAAUCUGAAUCUUUGAGGCCACUGAUUUCAACAAAACUGGCCACCAAGGAAACAGAAGCAGAUGCCUGGGAGAAAGCUGAGCUUGAAAGGAUCAAACAAAGGUAUGCAAAGUUGAAGGAGACAAUAGAUUCAUGGGAGAACCAGAAGAGGAAGGAAGCAAAAAGCAAGCUGAACACGCAAGAGAGUGAGCUGGAGCAAAGAAGGGUGAAAGCCAUGGAUAAAUUUCGAGAUGAUAUGGACCGUAUUGAUCAGGUUGCAAGGGGAGCAAGACAACAAGCAGAUGCAAAACGAAGGAAGGAAGAGCUUAAAGCAAAAGAAAAGGCAGAUAGAAUCAGAACAACAGGAAGGCUUCCGGGGGCAUGUUCCUGUUUCUGAGAUAACCAGUUAUACAAUACCUAUGGCCAGGGGCUAUCAGUGGAAUCAAUAGAUAGUUCUUUCAAAAAUUGUAUAUAAUUAUUGCUUUUCCCACUUUUGAGAAAAUCAUGGGUGGGACUAAACAAUAUUGAAUCUGCACAAUUUAAGGAAAACUAUCAGAAGCUGUAAUUAUUCUUUAGAUAGAAGUUGCUAUGGGAAACUACUGAAGAUGUUCAAAAAAUGAUGCCAUUGGUGUCUUGUACUGAAAUAACAAAUAUAUUCGUCAUGGUCA